UAUUCGCAGGAUAAUCAACACAAAAGCAUGUCUGACGCCGUUUCAACUUCACCAGUCGCGAAGGUCGCUAAGAAAGUCAGUAAACCCAAAGUAGCACCGGCACAUCCAACCUAUGCCGUCAUGAUCAGCGCCGCCAUUGCCGCCCUGCAGGAGAAAGGAGGUUCGUCCAAACAGAAAAUAUUGGCUUAUAUCAUGGCUAACUACAAAGUCGGAACAGAGAAGGUCAAGAUCAACAGCCGAGUCCGGCUUGCUCUCAAAAGCUGUGUGGUCAAGGGAACCGUGAGUCAGGCGAAAGGAACCGGUGCCUCCGGAUCCUUCAAGCUCGGUGAGAAACCAAAGGUUGCCAAGAAGGAGGCAAAGAAACCUGCGGCCAAAAAAGUAAAGAAACCCAAGAAAGUGACUGUAACAAAACCGACGAAGACCACCACUACGAAUAAGAAGACUCCAAAAAAGGCAGCAAAGAAACCAGCAGCCAAAAAAACAGCUGCAAAAAAUCCCGCCGCCACCAAAGUCAAAACACCGAAGAAGGCUACGAAGAAGCCAGCAGCAAAGAAACCUGCGGUCAAGAAACCAGCUAAGAAGACCGCAGCCAAGAAGUAGGCGUUCCUCCUGAACACAUCUUUAAAACAGCCCUUUUCAGGGCUACCCAACUUUCCCGGAAAGUUUCCUUUGGAUGGCUCGAAUAUACGCAUUUUUUCAUUCUCACUUCCCUAAAAUACUUAA